AGCCGCUUUGGGCCCGACGGGGGGCCAGCUGGCCCCCCCGCCCCCGCUGGUGGGCGGCGGCCGGCGGGGGCUGUGCCCGCGCCUGCGGGGGGCGCCCUCGCGCUUGGGGACGGAUGGAGACCCCGCGCGACGGCGUUGCGGCCGCCAAGGGUCCCCGGCCGCGCCGCGCAGGUGUGCGCUCGGGCUGGCAGCUGAAGGCGGCUGCCGGCGAGGCCGCGCUGGAUACGCCCCCCGCCGACGCCGAGCCCCUGGAGGACUUUGACUGCGAAGCGGGCUACUCCAAUUGGGCUGCUGGGUGGUCUGCGGACAAGAAGGCGUUCUGCUGCAAGAAGGAGGAUAAGGGCUGCGAGGCAAAGGAGGACUUCGAUUGCGAAGCGGGCUACUCCAACUGGGCUGCGGGGUGGUCUGCAGACAAGAAGGUGUUCUGCUGCAAGACAGAACAAAAGGGCUGCGAGGCCCUCCCGUCCUGCGACGACCCCGCCAGUGGGGAGGAGGAAGCGCCGGCGACGUGGAUCCCGGAUUUGUCGGGCGCGGGCGUCAACUUGACCGUGAUGACGUUCAAUUUGGAGAAGAGCGCGGAUAGCAUCGGCCAGAACCCUUUCGCGUCGAGAGGCAGGCAGGACAUCAUGGGCUUCCAGGGUUGCCCCGACGCCAGGGAGCUGGUCCACUACGGCGUGACCCGCGAGGACGUCGUGCUGCAGGGGGAGGACGGCCUGUGUAUGGCCUACAAGAACUCCAGCUUCGCACUCAUGGGCCAGGGCCUCGAGAACGUCGCCGAGGACAAGGAGGGCGAUCAGCACCGCCGGGCGCAGUGGAUGCGGCUCCGCCACCUGGAGCUCGGCAAGUUUGUUUUCUUCGUGAACCACCGCGGCCCCGAGCCCUUCGACUCGGGAGGCGCCUGCGGAGCCGACCAGAUGGAGCGCAGCCUCCGGCGGCUGGUAGCCAGGCAAGCGCAGCCCGGGGACCUGAUCGUCGUCGUGGGAGACUUGAACGUGGCCAUGAAUUCGCCUGUCGUCACCCACCUCGCCAAGCGCUUGACGCGGGUCUACGCGAGCGAGCCCGGCACGAGCCUCUACAUCUUCGCCAACAUCGGCGGCGGAGGCGGGGUCAGCUGGCAGGAGAGCUCCGCGCUCGGGGCCACGAUCAGCGCCGCUGGCGCGGCGAGCACGCCGGCUCCGCCUUCCAGCACGGCCGCGAGCACGCCCGCCAGCGAGAAGGUGGUGCAGGAGGCCGCCGGCGCGACCACGGGCGCACCCGCCAACGAGACGAAGACCGCCACCAGCGCGACCACGAGCUCCACGGUAACCCUCGCCAGCACGGCGACGACCACGACCACCACCUAUUGGUGCAUGGCCGACGUCCGCAAGAUCCCCAGAAAGGUGUGGCGCGCGCCCUCCACGGGCGCCGCCGCGAGGUUCAAGAUGCUCACCAUGAACAUGGUGUGGUGGAACGUCGGGCAGCCAGACGACCCUGACGACCUUCCGGAGGCGGUCAUUCGCAGCAGUGGGGAGCCUUACAUGUACGACGCGAUUGGCCUUCAGGAAUGCAAGGAGCCCCGCAGGCUGCUGAAGAAGCUUGGCCCGGACGCGGAGGAGUACGACGUCAUCGAAGAGGGCAGCGGGCUCUGCACGCUCUACUUGAAGGACCAGUGGACCCUGCAGGGCCACGGCUUGGAGGCUGUGGCCGUGGAUCAGGCGAGCGUGGAGGAGAGCGUUGGCGUGAGCAAUCGCAGCGUGCAGUGGCUUCGCAUGGUGCACUCCGAGACACGGCGGCCGUUCUUCGUCAUGAACUACCACGGCCCUCUGCCGCUGAACUCGGGCGGCGGCUGCGGCGGCGAGGUCACGGCCCAGAGGCUCAUCGGGGUGAUCAUGCAGAACGCGCUCGAGGGCGACGCCGUGAUCCUGUCUGGCGCUUUCAACGCUAAGGGAUUCACGCCCGUAAUCCAGGUGCUGGAACAGCAUGGCCUCGGGGUGUUCAAGGUAUCUCAUGACGGCUCCAGCGAGUACGGCGAAGAUUUCGUAAUCAGCAAUGCCGGUGCGGCGUCCCUGAUCUCAUCUGCAAACUUGGGCCGCGGGGGGAGGUUUCACGAUGUCCUUGGGGUGAUAUUCGAAAUCGGGAGACAUCCUGGCAACCCAGACGUGUCCAAGGCUUCUGACAGCGAGGUUCUGCCGAGGUAUUACACUUGGACCACGAGCACAGUGACGGUCACUACGUCCACCUCGACCAAGACCACCACGUCCACGGUGACAGGUCCCCAGCCCUUCGAAUGUCCAGCCGCCGCGGCAGGCACCAGCGGUCCUCUCUGGAGCACAACCGGCCGGCCCAAGGAGGUCAGGCUGGCUUCCCUGUCGCUCGGCAAUUCGAGCGCGGGCCUCCCAGAGAGCAGCAGUUGGAAGGACUACGACGCCGUCGUCUUUCAGGGCUGCACGGACCCAGACCAGGUCUCCGCGCUCGGGGAGCCGUUCGGGGUGGUGAUCCACCGCUUCGGGCUGUGUACGGCGUACAGGCUGUCGCAGUUCUCCGUCCUGGACCAGGGCCAGGCCGCCGUGGCGGAGGACAAGGACGCGGGCCCCGCUGGCAAGCGUGGCGCCCAGUGGGUUCGUCUCGUGGCCGAGGACGGCAGGGCCGUGUUCUUGGUGAACCACGAGGGUCCACAACCUGUGGACUCAGGCGGUAAGUGCGGCGGCAAGGCCACCGCUCAGGCGUUGCUGGACACAGUGUACCGGCACGCACAGGAUGGCGACGCUGUCGUGUUGGCCGGCCGCUUCAACUCUGGGCCCGAGUCUGACACGAUCCAGGAGCUCCAACUUCACUUCGCGCACGUCUGCACCCUUGCUGCCGCGCACCAGAGCGAAGGCAGCUUCGUCUUCAGCAACGGCGAGCUCGAGGUCGACGAGGGCGCCCAGGACGGCAACGCAGCCGGCAUUCUCGCAGUCACUGCAGAGUUCGGCUCCAUGAUCAUCACUGGAUGACCGCCGCCGGCGGCGCGGGCACCGCGCGAGGCUCGGCAGGCAGUCGCUGCGGAGGCCUGCGAUGGGGUGGCGCGAGCCGCGCUGCCGCGCGGACGACCCGCCUGGCCAGCAGCGCCUCUGCGCCUGCCACAGAGGCGGAUGACUCCGCCCACCCGGACGGCGGCCUAAUUGGCACUGCCCGUGCCCUCGACCGCCGAUUGCCGUAGGCACGGCGGGCGGCCUGGCGGCGCCACGCGCGCGAGUGACCCUUCGCCGGAGUGACCUCCUCGACGCCGCCGCCCCCCCCCCCACGGCUCCAGGCGGGCCGGAGCGGGGCCGCAGGCCGUGCUGCCGAGGAGAGCCCAGCCCCGGCGGGCGGCCUGCUCCUCGCAGAGGGCGGCAGCGGGGCGCUGCGCCGGUGCCGCGCGGCUCGCGGUCAAAGCGUGCCGCGGGCGGCGGUCGCGAUCGGAGGGAGCUCUGGCGUCCCCCAGGCGGCGGCAAAAGCGGGGGCCACCCGAGACCCUGUCGAGUCGCGAG